UCCAUUCCUCCCUAUUUUAGUAGCCGAAGCUGGUGGCAGCUCUCUCUCUCUCUUCAAAACUCCAAUGGGAAGGCACAGCAAUUCCUCUUCUUCUUCUUCCACAGAUAGCAACCCCCAUCCAUCUCUCUCCUCAGCAUCUUCUCUCUCCACACCAAAGAGAGAUUUGAGCACUGAUCUGAGGCUGGGCCUUAGCAUCUCAACCGUCCAUGAUGACAAUACUUCAAACUCAAGGGACCAACGAUCCGAUUGGCCGCCGAUCAAGCCACUCCUGAGGAGCACACUCGCGGAGAGUGGAAAUCAUUGCAAUCAGCCCACAUUCUUCGUAAAGGUUUACAUGGAAGGAGUUCCAAUUGGUAGAAAAUUGGAUCUGUUUGCACAUGAUGGUUAUGAUGGCCUAGUUAGGACCCUUCGACGCAUGUUUGGGACGGCGAUUCUAUGUCCCAAUUUCAUGCAAGCAUCACCCAAUCAAAACCAUGUGUUAACCUAUGAAGAUAAGGAAGGAGAUUGGAUGAUGGUGGGAGAUGUCCCUUGGGAGAUGUUCUUGACUACUGUGAAGAGAUUGAAGAUCACUAGAGCUGAUAAAUGUUAAUGUCUAUACCCAAUAGAAUCUCUCUCUCUCUCUCUCUCUCUCUCUCUCUCUCUCUCUCUCUCCAUUUUUGCCUUGUUGGGUGAAUUUGAAAAGGAGCCCAAAAGCCAUAGUAUGGGAAUUAAUUUGGAAUGUAGAUGUACAGCCAAUACAAAAAUGAUAUAGAUGCAUCUUUUCUUA